AUGCAGACCAGACAAAACGUGCCUGUGGGCCGCUUGUUUGCCACCCCAGAUAGAAGGUUGGAGAAGAAGUGGGUGACUGUGGGUGACACAUCCCUGCGAAUCUACAAGUGGGUCCCUGUGACAGAGCCAAAGGUGGAUGAUAAGAACAAGAACAAGAAAAAGGGCAAAGAUGAGAAGUGCGGCUCAGAGGUGACCACUCCGGAGAACAGCUCCUCCCCGGGGAUGAUGGACAUGCACGACGACAACAGCAACCAGAGCUCCAUAGCGGACGCCUCCCCCAUCAAGCAGGAGAACAGCAGUAACUCCAGCCCCGCUCCGGAGCCCGCCUCGGCCGCGCCCGGCGAAGGCACUGACGCCAAGGCGGAUGAGACCCAGGCCGACGGGAAGGAGCUCCCUGGGGCCGAAGAUGCUUCCGACGAGCAGAAUUCACAGUCCUCAGUGGAAAACUCGAUGAACAGUUCAGAGAAAGUAGAACGGCAGCCAUCUGGGGACGCGGGUCUAGUGGCAGAGACGUCCGCAAUCUCUCAGGUACCUCGAUCCAGGCCUCAGAGGGGCAGCCAGAUCAGCCGGGAGCCCGCUGGGGUGUCGGGGGAUUUGGAAGGAGCACCAGCCUCUAAGAAGCUGAAGCUGGAGGCCUCACAACAGAACUCCGAAGAGAUGUAGACACUACACUCAGUCCUGCCGUCUGCGCUUCGCAGGAGACCCACCUGCAGGCUGAAUUCUAGAACAAUUUCCCCCGAGCGGUUCCUCUCGGGUGCAGACAGAACUACUAACUUUCCAAGUUUACCAAGUGCAAAUCCAAGAAAACCCAGAACAGCGUAACUUCUCAGACACUGAAGAACUUUCUGCUGUGAGCAAAACACUUGAGUCUCGAAGGGACUGUCCUUGGGAAGGCGGCGUUGACAGCGCUCAGGAGUGUCUGCACACUGUCUCUGAAGCCAAGAUUACGUUUGUGUUGCUGCUGCAUUGUUUCGUCCCCCUCCGCCACCUCCCACUUCUCUAACGGUAUAAGCUAUAUUCGCGGGUGGUGCCGAUCAGGAAAUCGGUUUUCGUCGGGGCUUUUCACUGUUCAGCCGAUUCCUUCCGCUUUCUUUUUUUGUGCCUUGUGCCCUUGAGGUGACCUCUGGCAUGUUUUCCCAGUUGUUUUGCAUCUCCCCUUGCAAAGUGCUCUCGGUUUUGUCUGGGCAGCCGGUGCCACCAUCCUCGACAUCUCUCUCCUCCCUGACCCGGGACUUCAGCUGGAGUGGAGCAGGCAGGGAGGAGGGGAGGCCUUGGAAGAGCAGAGCCUCCUUGGCCGCCUGAUUUGCAGGUGCAGCUAGGGGGGUCGGGGGAGAGGGGCCAAGCACGCCCUGGGCCCUGGGUCCUGGGUCCAAGGUCCGAGGAGUCUCGGAUGUUGGGGCACUGUCCCCGAAGGCGGGCCACUUCCUCGGGGCGUCUGAGGCUGCGGUUUCCCAGCCCAGCGUGGCCCGGACAGGUACACAGAACCCUCAGAUUGGCCCGACACUCUACCCUCUACCCCCACCACACCGCUUUCGCCCGCACCUCUGAAGACAGAACGGCUUCUCGGCGGACUGCAGGCCUGGCUCCUUAGGCUGAGGCAGGGCUGAGGAGGCCGGGCGCCCGAGGCAGGAAUCGCUGGUGCUGAAUCUCCAUCCGAGCGUGCUGCCUGGAUUUCAAAUCCACAGUAGCCUGCUGCCCUCUGCCUCCCUGGCUCCCCCGGGCGCCCCCCUGCCUGCCCCGGGGAGGUGAGAUUGCAAAGCGUUCCUGACUCUUGAGAGCCAACAACGGCCCAUCGCCUCGUGCUCCCAGGAUGCGCUGAUGGUCCCCGCUGGGGAGCAGACCCUGAGGGUUGGGCCUCAAAGGCCAGAAACCAGGCACCGGGGAGCAGAAAGCCCUACGCUCCUCCAGAAAGGGGUGACUGAGUCCCCCUCCCCUGGCCUCCGUCCUGUGCCUCUGCCAGGACAGCUUCCUCUCACUCAAAUGGCGAUGCCCCCCGUGGACGAACUGCCGGAUUGUUUGGUUCUGAGGCCUGGUUUGCUCUUAAUUCCUAGACGGACUCCUCGGACUUUAACCCUUUUCCUGAGCUUUCUUUACUGCACUGGAGUUCAACUUCCUUUGAGUUGUGUG